AGCGAAACCCACAAAUGCUCAGACGGUUCCGUUCUUCUGAAGAGAGUGGAGGUACCUUAACACGGCUCGCUCGCUCGACAAAAAGAAAAAACGUGCGCGUGCCCGUUAUUCACUGAUGGUCAUCCCAGUUACAUCGACACGAUUCUCGGGAGAAAGGAAAUUCUUAUUGUUUAUCCUGUUCGGUGGUUUGAAACAAGCGACAAAAGUGAACCCAUUGUUAAUCGUGUUAAUAAUAAAUAAUCAUACCAAUAUAUAAAUACAUUCAUUUGUGAAUAGCUAUGUAUAUACCAGUGAAUCGUCGAUAACACGAAACAUUACCGAUUAUUAGAACGAGUAAACACUGCGUAGGUUGUGAUUUUCCUUGUGUGUUGUUUCGCGUACGCGCUCAACGAUAUCGGUUGGUAGCUUAUUUUGUACUGUGGAUAUAAACUUUCGAUAGCCUUUCGUUAACGAAUAAGAAGAAAAAAAAAAAAAAAAAAAAGAAACAGUACCAGGAUCUGCGCGACUUUUAUUGUGUUUUCGUAAAUGUAACGGCGUGUCGUUCGAGACAUUUGAGAAUCGAUUGAUCGAACGCCGGUUAUACUCGAGUUUAAUUACGGGUGUCCGUCGCGACGUGACGCGUGAAUCAAAAGGUUGCAUCGACGAAACUGUGCAGUCUUGAAACUAGCAGUGGCCGCGCGGUUAGAAAAGCCGAGAUAAUAUCAAGUGUGAUCAGUGCAUCCAGUUUUGGAGCGGAGCUAGUGACGUAUAUAAGCUUAUUCCGUUUUUAAUUGUACUCGAGUCGGAUGAAGAAGCGAUCAGAGGGACAAUCAACGGUCGAUGAAAAAUAAAUCGGUUGUGAUGUUUGCGAGCGAAACAUCCCGUACGAGCGUAAUCUUAAUUAUCGGGUGAGUCGCGAGAUCCGGCUUUCGUCGCAAGGGCUAAAAGAAAGCAGGUAUAGCCGUGUGCGUGUAUGUGCGUGCGUGCGCGGCAUUGAGACACGGUGGUUCGGCCUUGAGCGACUCGAUAACCGAUAACGUCCGUUAUUUUCCCUGGCGACGAGUUCAUACAAAAGGGCGGCAAGCUGUUCGGGCACAGGGAGGAGGAUAUGCUAACGAUGGAUACGGAGUUGAAAGGCAGCAGCAUGCACGGCCAAAUGCCUCCACAUCCUCAUCAAGGUGUAGCACCGAUGGGCCAUCACGCGGGUGUAUCGCCUUACGGGCCACUUGGCUCGAUAGUACAUAGUCCGGCUCUUUCCGGAAGUCCUCCGAGCUCCGGAGGUCUCGGUGGUCUCAGCCUGCAGCACCAUCAUCAGGCGGCCGCCCAACAGCAUCAUUACGCCUCGAUGCAGGUUGCCCAACAACAGCAACAGCAGCAACAACAUCAAACGAUGCACGCAUUGGCCUCGCAGCAACAGGCUGCCGCGGCUGCCCAGCAUCAUUCUCAUCAGCAGCAACAGCAACAACAGCAUUCCCAGCAGCAACAGCAGCAGCAGCAGCAGCAGGCCCAACAACAACAGGCGCAGCAACAACAGCAUCAGCCACCAAACAACAACAAUAAUACGAGUAAGAACAACAACAUCGAUCGGGUGAAGAGGCCGAUGAACGCUUUCAUGGUGUGGUCGAGAGGUCAACGUCGUAAGAUGGCCCAGGAGAAUCCAAAGAUGCACAAUUCCGAGAUAUCGAAGAGACUCGGAGCGGAGUGGAAGCUGCUCAGCGAAACGGAGAAACGUCCGUUCAUCGAUGAGGCCAAAAGGCUGCGAGCGGUCCACAUGAAGGAACAUCCCGAUUACAAGUACCGGCCACGAAGGAAGACAAAGACUCUUUUGAAGAAGGACAAAUUCCCGUUGGGCGGUGGUGUUACCGGAGUCGGUGGCAUGCUAGGAGUCGAUCAACGCCAAGUCAGCUCCGCCGGUGGACCCCAACAGUCUCAACUGCCCCGGGACGUUUAUCAAAUGCCGAAUGGAUACAUGCCGAACGGUUACAUGAUGCACGACCCGACGGCCGCGGCUUAUCAACAACACGCUUACGGCGGACACAUGGGUGCCGCUGCGGCUGCAGUCGCCGCUGCCGGAUAUCCUCGCUACGACAUGGGCCACCAUAUGGGGGGAGGCAGUCCAAGUCCCAUAAACAGCUACAUGAACGGUUACGGUGGUUACGGGGCGACAACGAUACCCGGAGGUUCACCCUCGCCUUAUCAUCAGGCCCAACCCGGCUCUCAAAUGUCCAGUCAUAGCCCAAGCGGUAGCAGCGUCAAAUCCGAACCUACGAGUCCGGCGAGCGGCGGUUUGCACACGCCGACACCCAGCGGCGGUUCCUCCGGUGGAAGUGGCGGUGGCGGCGUUAAUUCCGCCGGACCUGUAUCCAAUAUCAAAAGGGAAUACAUGGGACAACACAGCCAACAACCACAGGGUGAUCUCAGACAAAUGAUCUCGAUGUACCUGCCCCAGGGAGGUGAACAGGGCGUCGUACAGCACGGUGCUGGUGUUUACUCACCAGGACCAUCCCCCGAUUCGUUGGCUCAACAUCAUUCUGCCAUUCCACAACUCGCCCACAUGGCCUAUCGGACAUCGUUUCCUUCAUAUUAUUGUGAUCGAGCAACCGCCCCGUACACCCAAGCACGAACUAAUGGCGGAUAUGAAUGGAAAAUUCAAAGCGAGACAAAAAUAUAACGAUUGAGAUAUAAACAAAAUGAACGAUGUUUCUAAUGCGCUGUCGCGGAAACGGACCAACUAUUUUUUAUUUUAUUUCAUAUUAUUAUCAUUUUGUACAAUUUUAGUAACAUUCGAACGACUGUCAACCAAGACCCGCUCAAUUGCGAUGGAAAUACGACCAUUCAUUUCAUUUUCGCGACGUGCAUUCGAACGUAAUUGCUCGCUUAUUUUAAGUUUUGUAUGUAUAUGUAUAUAAAAACAAUCCAUAAAACUUGAAAAAAGAAAAAAAAAGAAGAAGAGAGAAACGCAGACACUCGCACAAACACACACGUAUUUAUAUACUCAUGGAAUGAUGUACCGUUCGUACGGAGGAAAAAAAAGCACAACGUUGGUGUACGUGUGCGCGUGCGCGCGCGCGCGCGAGAUAUCUCAAUUAAAAAAUAGUAGUGAAUGCGAGAAAAAAAAUGGUACGAGAACGACCCACCGAUAGGACACGCGCCCACGCAAAUGUGGGCAAACAUGUACGAGAAUAUGGACGAUGAAGAUGAGCAAACAAAAGCGAAGCGACACGUACACUAACGCCAAACAGAAAAUUAUCCUUCCCUCCCACGAUCCUUCGUUAAGUAUUAUUUAAUCAUAUUCUAAGCAAAAUUCGCCCAACAAUGAGUGAGAGAGAGCGUGAGAUGUACAGAAAGAAAGAAAGAAAGAAAGAAAGAAAGAAAGAAAGAAAGAAAGAAAGAGGAAAGGAGAGAGCGAGAGUGGGUGAGCAAUGAGAAUAGGAUAAAUCGAAGGAAGUUUUAUGACUAAAAAAGAAAAAUCUUUUCUUUGUAUUAAUUAAUCCGAAAUAAUGCGCUCUGUACAAAUAUGGUUAAUGAACAAACCACGAGAUGUUUUUUUCUUUGUUUUUCGUUUUAAAUCUUUAAAUUUAAAAACGCGAUGCUCCUCUUCCCGAUGUGUAAAUAUAACAAAUAUAUGUUUAGCUCGCUCGCGUUACGACUCGAGGUCGUGGAUCAUGUUCGAAUAUAUAUGAAAAACAAAAAAUAUAUACACAUAUAUAUCAUAUGAAUAUGUAUAUAUAAUAUGAUAUAUUAUAUAUACAAUAUUAUAUAUAUAUAUAUAUUAAAGAAUCAAUUAAUUGCAUUCGAUUUGUUGAUCUUUUUCGUCUUGCCAACCGCACCAAAUUUACCAUACACACAAAUAAUCCUCAAUCAUUCCAUCCUUCACAAUGUAAAAACUUUGAUUAAACAAUGAAAAAAAAACACACACACACACACACAAGGUAUCGCCGUUUCGUACAAUAAAGUACGUGUACCACAUAUCGGAGAUAAAGAAAAUCAGGUAAUUAUCAAAUAAAAAUUAAUUUCACUUUA